CUAUUGUAGCAAAAGUGUGUAAAUUUCGUUUGAAAGAUAGAAAUCCUUUUGUAGUCAUACCACUUAUUCAUACGUAUCAAAAAAAUAGAAAAAAGAAAAAAAAUAAUUACGAAAGUUGCUAUUGUCUGAAUGUUUAACCUAUUUCGUAUAUAGUCAUUGAUAAAUUAUUAGCAUCCUAUAAAAGAUGAAUACGCUUUAUAUGUACAUUGUACAAUGAUUGAAAUUUGAUUUAUAUGUAGCUUAAAUUACUUACCUUAAAACGGCCAUUUUGUCAAAGUAGCAUAUCAUUAACCAUGUAUUGUUAUAUUAUUUAAAACCAUAAGUUAACUACACAAAAAUAAUGUUACAAUUAAAAGUGUUUAAAAAUAUUAAACUACGUUGAUUGUGAAAUUUAAUUCAAAGCUUCACUGUUGAAAAAAAUGAUUUAAUUUAUAAGUAUAAAGUAUAAAGCUUUGCAUUAAAUUGUUAAUAUUACAAUUGCAAUAUUUAAUCGUUAAUUUUCAAUAUUUCUAUACGGAUAAACAAAGAAAAUUGACUUGUAACAGUAUCAGACAAGAAAAUUGAAUUGUAACAGCAUCAGUUUCUGAAUAUUGGUAGAUACGACUAGCCAUCUAGCGGAUUAUGUUAUGUACAGGCGCAAGGAAAACUUGUGUAAAAUUAAUGCAAAUAUGACAAUGGAAGAGCACUAACCUCAGGUUGCGCCAACACUUGGUGCAAGCACUCCUAUUUCCCAUCAUCGAUUACUGUUCACUGGCUUACUGUGACCUGACACAGGAACUUGACUUGAGACUGCAGAGGCUUGUCAACACGGGGAUCCGUUAUAUCUACGGUGUAAGGAGGGACGAGCACAUCUCCCCUUAUAGGCGUGAGUUGCAAUGGCUCACCACCGCCGGACGUAGGAAAUAUUUCAUGGCCUGUUUUCUGCGGAAAAUGUUCAACACCUCCGUACCUAUCUACCUAUUAGCCUAUUUUGAUUUCCACGUCGCGCUCAGGCCUGUAAGGGAUGAGGUGGCCCCCCUGGACAUCCCGUCCUUCAGAACGGAGACGGAUUCCUUGUAUAGCGGGUAAGCAACCCACUUGGUGUCAUCGGCCUUGUCCAGAGAUUGAUAUGCUUUGUGUAGUAUGUCACCAAACUCAAUCGAAGGCAACUAGAGUGAGAGUUCAUCCCACUCACUCAGGAAAUAGGUAUUUUUAUCCUAUUAUGCGUGCCGUCGGACGGUUGUUCUCCACAAAUCUUUGGGUUCCAUGCCAUAUACCCUGUAUCGACUGCCCAAAUAAAAGACAUGGAAAGUGCGGUAUUUGUGGUUUAGCUUCGGAUCAGACCUUUCAGAAAAUCAGAUGGGAGAAUUAUCGCCGCUGGAUUCCAAGUUUUGAGUUUGUAGAGCAGCCAUACUUCUUUCGAGAUAAUCUCGUACAAUAGCGCCGUAGACAAUCGGCCUCGGGUUCUUUCGUUGCUGCCGGAUCGGGUCAAUCUUGCCAGCAUCGUUGCCCAUUUUAUUUACGUGAUGAUAACCUUGAUUUGGUGUUAAAAGGAAAAAUUUUGUUCUCUGUCCGUGCGCUUUAUGGUUUUAAUAUAUAUUAGUGCAAUUGCGGCACGCGAUAUAUUGUAUUUCAAUUUCACUAUACUCCAAUAUAAUUAUAAUAAAAUAAUAUUGAAACUUUUCUCC